AUGUCGAAAUCAUUCUCUAUUCGGGAUGCUGAUGCGUCGUUGAACGAUGCUCAGUUCAUUCUUGACGCAUUCGACUCAACAAUACCUCAUCUGGUGGCUACCGGAAACUCUGAACAAUGGGGGACUGAACCUUUCUCGAAGAAAGAAGGCGUUGUCCAACGUAUUCACGAUACAGUGGCAAAGUCAGAUACUUUCCGCAAGACAGGAACGGGUGAACCCAUAAGAUUGUUCAUUGCCGAGGUUGAGGAUGACCAAGCCAGUUCAGGGUCCACCGCAGACAGCAGUCUUGCUCGACGUGUCGAUGAGAAUGGAAAGACUUUUCUGUCCGUUGGGCUUGUCUGGAUCCUGGAUGAACAGUUUGUGGAUUAUCUCAAAGAAACAGAUAGCUUGAAGGAACAUGUCGGACCAGCGUCGGAGAAGGGCAACUUCGUCUUCUUGAAGUAUCUUGUCGCUGAUCACCGAGUUGGUGAUCAACGCCGAGGUGCUGGCGCUGCGCUUCUUGCAAAGGUGAAGGAGUAUGCUCUUGAGAAGGGCUGGAAAACAAUCUGGAUCGACUGUUGGGAUGGAGGCAAUGGACAAUUGGUACAAUAUUACGUCGACAGGGGCUUUCAGAUUGUGGCCAGCUUUCAAGAUCAUGAUUACAAAGAUGGGACGACUUGGAAGGGCAAGCUUCUUCGUCUAGACUUGUCAUAG